CUUAUCAACAACUCGCUGAAAGACAAGACCUCGACAUAAAAGGACAAAACUACUUUUAUUCUGAGUACUUUAUACAAAGGAGAGUGUCUAGUUUUCUGCUCCUUGCUGCACUUCCUGAAGCUGCAUGGCUGCGUCGCUGGUGUUCAGACUGCAUGACCGAGGUCCACAACUGGUGAGGGAAGUGCUCCUGGAACGAGGAUGGAAAGAAUAUGACAAAUGGGAACGCGAGGACAGAGACUGGAACCUCUACUGGAGGGGGUCAGAGUUUCACAGCUCAGAAUAUCACAGCCUGCUGCCAUGGCAACGCCUCAAUCACCAUCCCAAAACUGCUGGCAUCACGCGAAAGGACUCACUGGUUCGCAACCUGAGGAGAAUGAAGGCAACAUUUGGUUCAGCUCUCUACAACUUCAGUCCGACAACCUUCAUCCUUCCCAACGAAUACACCAGUUUCCUGGCUGAAUACAAGCUGCUUCCUAACAGAGAACAAUCAGUUUGUUGGAUUUGUAAACCCGUUGACCUCUCCAGAGGUCGAGGUAUUUUCCUCUUCCGGGACAUGAAAGACUUGGUCUACAACUGCUCUGUCGUGGUGCAGCGGUAUAUCAGCAACCCCCUGCUGAUAUCAGGGUACAAGUUUGACCUGAGGAUUUACGUGUGUGUGAAAAGCUUCCAUCCACUUACUGUUUACAUCCACCAGGAGGCGCUGGUGCGCUUCGCCACAGAGAAAUACAACCUGUCCUCUCUGUCUAACGUGUUCGCUCACCUCACCAACACCAGCAUCAAUAAGUUCGGUCCCUUCUAUAAAACCCAGAAAGGACAGGUCGGUUCGGGGUGUAAGUGGACUAUGAGCAAGUUCAGGUAUUUCCUCCAGAACCAGAACAUUAAUGAGCUGUUUCUGUGGCAGAGGAUCAACAACAUCGUCACGCUGACGCUCCUCUCCAUCACUGGGUCGGUACCGAACUGUCCGAACUGCGUGGAGCUUUUCGGCUUUGACAUCCUCAUUGAUAGUAAGUUCAGACCCUGGCUUCUGGAGGUCAACCACAACCCGUCACUGGCUCUGGACUGCCGAACCGACUUAUCAGUAAAGAAGGGGCUGAUCAGUGAUCUGGUCGAUUUGAUGGAUUACACAGCUGUUGAUGGUCUAAGAGGCAAAACCUAUCAGACACAACGAAAUGUCCAAACUAGCUUCAAUGCUAACAUCUCAACACCUGUUCCUUCACUCCCCAAGCUGAAAGAUCACAACUUUCAACAGAAAAAUAAAAAAUCUUCAAAAAUGCAUCAUGAAAAGACAAAAAGAUAUCUUCCACCUGAUGAGACUUUACACUGGAUACUCGGCUCAUACUCAAAGAUGAACGUGGUGAAAACAGGUUUUUCAUCAGGCCAGAUGAAAUAUACUCCUCAGGUUACAAACCGAGACAACGCUGAAACACAAGAUGAAAUGGAGAACGAGGUUUCCUCUUCGGUACUCGGUACUCAGGGCAGAAGGUCAACAUUCAGACCAUCUACAGAUUCCUGGAGGCUUCCAGACAUCUACAGAAAACGUUGGAGGUUCCAUGUUCAGGAAGCGAAGCCUCCGAUUGGUCAACAUGUUCCACCAAUCAGAGCUGGAGGCUUCAUUCGGACUUUCUCGUUUAACCCGGCAACACUGAAGGCUUCCCUGGUCAAACUGGACGUCCUGGUCGUCAUACAGGAGCUGCAGAAGCUGACGGCUCGGGUGGCUUCAGGCCGACGGGAGGAAACAACAGGAGAGGAAGAGGAGGAGGAUGAAGACUGCUUUGAUUCACUGCUGUGGGGGCCAGAAGACCCCCCGCUGCUCAGUCAGUGGCUCAACACCAAAAAUAAAAAUACCUGAUCCAAGAAACAGAAAUGAUCAGGUGGAGCUUUGGCAACAUAAAGCAUUUCUGCAGAACUCUGAUUUAUUUUUAUUUCAACUGAGGAAGGAAGGAAGGAAGGAAGGAAGGAAGGA